CCGCACAUCUCCACGGGCCUUUUAUAUGCUAUCAAUCAUGCCGCACGUCCGUGUGUGUUCAUUCACACAUCCGUGUGUGUUUAGUCCUCAUGGCUGCGUGGCGCACACACACGCAACUGCGGGCUUUUUUCAUGUGACUGGCCUUUUCUGUGACUAAAUCAUAAAGAGGAAAGUGGGAGUUUAACUUAAUAAAGGAGCAGAGGAGAGAGAGAAAGAAAACGAGAGUGAGAAGAAGGAGGGAGGGACUCGAUGUGGCCAUACAGGCUGCGGAGUGUUUAUUUAUUUGUGCAAGCUCACAUUUUUCUUUCUGUUUUCUUAUUUUUCAACUGAUUUCCUCCCCCCAAAAUGAGGUUAAAGGUUGGAUUCAUCCUUCGAAGUUUGCUGGUCAUCGGCACAUUUUUGGGGCUGGUUUUGCUUUGGUCUUCUUUGACACCGAAGGCUGGAGACGAUAACCCGUUUGCUGGUGUAAUGGCAAGAGAGGCUGAUAAACUCCCGCAGCCCAACCUUCCCAAUAACAACGUUGCAGACCAGUUUAAGCCAGUUGUUCCUUGGCCCCAUGUCGAAGGAGUUGAGGUCGAUCUAGAGUCCAUCCGCCAGAAGAAUGUGGACAACCCAAACCCAGCAUUCAAAGCCCAAAACCAGCAGAAUGUCAUCCAGAAGCAAUAUAUCACUUUUAAACCCCACACCAAUAUGUACAGUGAUCCUGUUUUGAACAAAGGGACUCUGGGCAACUUUGAGCCGAAAGAACCUGAGCCUCAUGGGGUCCAGGGCGGACCGGGAGAGGGCAGUAAACCGUUCGUUCUGGGACCAGAGUACAAAGAUGCGGUUCAAGCCAGCAUCAAGGAAUUUGGCUUUAAUAUGGUAGCCAGUGACAUGAUCUCUCUGGAUCGAACUGUUGGUGACUUGCGUCAUGAAGAGUGUAAAUACUGGAACUAUGAUGAAAACCUCCUCACCUCCAGUGUGAUCAUAGUCUUUCAUAAUGAGGGCUGGUCCACCCUGAUGAGGACGGUGCACAGUGUCAUCAAAAGAACCCCAAGGAAAUACCUGGCUGAGAUCGUCAUGAUUGAUGACUUCAGUAACAAAGCUCACCUUAAAGAGCGGCUGGAGGAGUACAUAAAACAAUGGAACGGGUUGGUCAAAGUGUUCCGCAAUGAGAAGAGAGAGGGUCUGAUCCAGGCCAGGAGCAUAGGAGCCCGCAAAGCCACUUUAGGAAAGGUGCUGAUCUACCUGGAUGCACAUUGUGAGGUCGGAGUGAACUGGUAUGCCCCGCUGGUGGCCCCCAUUUCAAAAGACAGAACGGUGUGCACAGUGCCUCUCAUAGACUCUAUUAACGGCAAGACUUACACCAUCGAGGCCCAGGGGGGCGGGGACGAGGAUGGCUUUGCCAGAGGAGCAUGGGACUGGAGCAUGCUUUGGAAACGCGUGCCUCUGGGUAGCAAGGAGAAGCAGAAGAGACUAACUAGAACUGAGCCCUAUCGGUCUCCUGCCAUGGCUGGAGGGCUGUUUGCAAUUGAGAGAGAAUUCUUCUUUGAGCUGGGUCUUUAUGAUCCAGGCCUUCAGAUCUGGGGAGGUGAAAACUUUGAGAUCUCAUACAAGAUAUGGCAGUGCGGUGGGCAGCUUCUGUUCGUGCCAUGUUCACGGGUGGGGCACAUCUACCGUCUGCAGGGCUGGCAGGGAAACCCACCUCCUGCUCAUGUCGGCUCAUCCCCAACACUUAAGAACUAUGUGCGGGUGGUGGAGGUAUGGUGGGAUGAUUACAAGGACUAUUUCUACGCCAGUCGGCCGGAGACGCUCACACUGGCCUAUGGGGACAUCAGCACCUUGAAAAAGUUCAGAGAGGAGCAUCGGUGCAAGAGCUUCAAGUGGUUCAUGGAGGAGAUUGCCUAUGACAUCCCUCUGCAUUACCCAUUGCCUCCAAAAAAUGUCGAAUGGGGAGAGAUUCGUGGGUACGAGACCAGCUACUGCAUUGACAGCAUGGGCCACACUAAUGGUGGCAAUGUGGAGAUUGGGCCUUGUCAUAGAAUGGGUGGCAAUCAGCUCUUCAGAAUUAAUGAAGCUAACCAGCUGAUGCAGUACGACCAGUGCCUGACAAAGGGGGGAGAUGGAUCUGCUGUCAUCAUAACACACUGUAACUUGAACGAGCACACAGAGUGGAAAUAUUUUAAGGAUCUACACCGAUUCACACAUGUACCUACAGGAAAAUGCUUGGAUCGCUCUGACGUCCUGCACAAGGUCUAUAUAGCAGACUGUGACAACAGUAAGAGCUCGCAGAAGUGGGAGAUGAACAACAUCGUGGCAGUAUAAGAGCCAUGCUCAAAGUGCUUCAAGGAUAAACACUGACUACAGCAACAGGUUUUGCCAGUAUACAUGUGACUAAUGAAGUUCUAGUCAUCGCCAGAAUAACUCUGAACUUUGAUCAUAAACUUUUUUUGUUUCCUCCAUUGAAGACUGUUUACAUCGGGUUGUCCCCACAGUGUCCAUCGCAUGGGUCUUUCAUUGGAAUCCUGGAUUGGAGGGGGUCUACCUAACAGAAUGUGUUUUCCCCCCUUUCAGAGAAUGUGUGCUGAGAUAAAUGAUCUAAUACCACUUUUGUUGCUGCUCCUUUAUAAAGUACAGGUUGUCCAUCAAGUACUGGGAUGCAUAUAUUUUUUUAACACUGGAACUUUGUUGUGUUUGAGAUGACAACCUGCCACUUGAACUAUUUUUGUCUUUGGCACAGUGGCACAUUUUUUGUCCAUAUUUAUGGAAAAAGAAUGGGAGUUGAGAGUAAAGGGAAACGGGGACAAAGGGUUAGCAAUGAAAAAAUACAAUUAUUUUUGUCUACAGCAUAAAAUGUUUGCUUGGUUGGGGGAAUAGAUGUUUACUACUUUGUGAAAAUCAGUGAUUGUUUAUAAUACUCUUGGCCAAAAAAAAAAUCGAGUAAAUGGAGCAAAGUUCUGAUUUAAGGGCAAGAUUGAUUGCAAUGAGUACAUUUUUUUGUUUGUUUUGUACAAUGUAAAUACGAUCAUUUAUAAAUUAACAUUUUGAGAUAUGGUGGGCUUCCCAAUGAAGGUGUAAAUAUAUCUAACUUAUACUGGCUGUUUUCUCAAGAAAAUAAAUGAAACAUUUUUACUGGUC